AGCUCAAUAUCUCUGGUUCAGUGUCAGUGAACUGAUUCUGCGCUGAAUGGGCGUACCGGUCGUGAUUUUUUUAUUUUUUUAAACCAUUGGACUGCAUUUGAUAGGCCGUAUGUUGAAGGGGGUGAGUCUAUUUUGUUCAUCCGGGGCGUGGUAUAAUGAACGCGGGAACUGCUCGGGUUCUGUUACUUUUGUUUCGGUUGUGAAGUGUUACAGCCCAGUCGACUGAUACAUUUUUUUUUAUUAUUAUUGGUUUGGAAUAAAUCCGAUGUGCUCCCGCUCCAAUUCGGUUCUGGCGGGACACGUUGGAGACGUUGCGGUUUUAUUCACAAAAAAGAAUUCGUUUGCUAACGUGCGUUAGCUUGUAGUUGCGUUGACGUUUUCCUUUGUUUUCACAAAUACAAGGCUUCAGUAGUUAAGGAACGUUAGGAGCUCCUGGCUAGCUUGCCCAACAGGAAGGGCAGAACAUAAAGUUAUGUGUGACAUGGAAUCUUUUCAGAAAGUGGAAAAGAUUGGAGAAGGGACGUACGGGGUUGUUUACAAAGCAAAGAACAAAGUUACGGGAGAGACCGUUGCUCUGAAGAAAAUCAGACUAGACACGGAAACCGAGGGAGUACCAAGCACUGCUAUCCGAGAGAUAUCGCUCCUCAAAGAGCUCAGCCACCCAAAUAUUGUCAAGCUGCGUGAUGUCAUCCAUACCGAAAAUAAACUUUAUCUAGUUUUUGAGUUCCUUCAUCAGGACCUAAAGAAGUUCAUGGACUCUUCCUCAGUCAGUGGUAUUUCUCUGCCACUUGUCAAGAGUUACUUGUUUCAGCUUCUGCAGGGCCUAGCCUUCUGUCACUCCCAUAGGGUUCUCCAUCGAGACUUGAAGCCCCAGAACCUGCUCAUCAACGCGCAGGGGGAGAUCAAGCUGGCUGACUUCGGUCUGGCCAGGGCCUUCGGGGUUCCUGUCCGCACCUACACUCAUGAGGUGGUGACUCUGUGGUACCGGGCUCCAGAAAUUCUCCUGGGCUGUAAAUACUACUCAACAGCUGUUGACAUCUGGAGUUUGGGGUGCAUAUUUGCUGAAAUGAUUACUAGGAGGGCCUUGUUUCCAGGAGACUCAGAAAUCGAUCAGCUGUUCCGCAUAUUUCGUACCUUGGGUACUCCAGAUGAGGUUGCCUGGCCUGGGGUCACCUCCAUGCCUGACUACAAGCCCUCCUUUCCCAAGUGGGCCCGGCAGGAGCUGUCCAAAGUGGUGCCACCUCUGGAUGAGGAUGGGAGAGAGCUGCUUGGGCAAAUGCUGAGUUAUGACCCGAACAAGAGAAUAUCUGCCAAAAAUGCCCUUGUCCAUCGGUUCUUCCGGGAUGUCACCAUGCCAGUGCCACAUCUACGACUGUGACAUACAGGGACAAUACAUAACCCUGAGUCUUUACACAAGAGCACUCAUCCGCACCUAAAUAUUACAGUCCAGGGGAUAGUAGAGAUGCAGGGAACUAUGGGUGCCUUUCCAGAAAUCCUACCAGCAGCCAAAACCAGCAUUUUAUAAGUUCGAUGUCCACUGAGUUUUUACUCUACUUCACAAUUGUUUCAGAAUACUGUAUUGAAGGAGGAGCUGUCGGGUUGACAUCUACUCUUCAGUAUUUGAUAAAUAUCUCAUCGUUGUGAUGAUUCUAAACAGGUUCAGAUUAUUUUUUCUCAAAUGUUGCCUCUAGAGGUGAAAAAAAAAAAUGUGCAGGGAUUUUUAUCCAUCUGGACAUUUCUUGUGAUUAAAUGUAUUUAUUUUGUUUUAUUGCAAACUUUCUGGAAGGUUAUUGUUAUACUUUCAUAAUAAAAAUGUUGCCAUUUUAGAUUUUAUCCAAAACUUGUUAGCCAAUUUUAUAAAUGUUCAGUGAUAAACAUAAAGACAAA